CAGCGCCCCUUGCCCCCCUCCCAGUUUGUCCCAGUUUGUCCCAGUACGGGAUGUGGCGCGCGGGGCUCCCGGGGGGGGUCCGGGCGGUUUUUGGGGCGUCCCCGCUGAGCUCGGGGGGGUCCCCGCGAGCCCUGGAGGGGAAAGUGGCGCUGGUGACAGCGGGGACCGACGGGAUCGGGCUGGGCGUGGCCGAGGCGCUGGGCGUGGCCGGGGCUCAGGUGCUGCUCAGUUCCCGCCGGGCCCAGAACGUCCAGAGAGCCGUGGAGCACCUGAGGGGGCGUGGCCUGCAGGUGAGCGGGGUCACCUGUCACGUGGGACGAGCCGAGGACCGAGAGAGGAUGGUGCAGGCGGCCCUGGACACCUUUGGCGCCAUCGACAUCCUGGUCUCCAACGCCGCCGUCAAUCCUCACCUGGGCCCCCGCCCUCGAGGCCGACGAGCGCACCUGGGACAAGGUGUUCCAGGUGAACGUGACGGCGGCGGCCAUGUUGGUGCGGCUGGUGGUGCCGCACAUGGAGAGGCGGGGGGGCGGGGCCAUCGUGGUGAUGUCAUCGAUCGCCGGGUACCAGCCAAUGGCGGGGCUGGGCCCGUACAGUGUGAGCAAGACAGCCCUGCUGGGGCUGGUGGCCGCCCUGAGCCCGGAGCUCCUCCCCCGCGGGAUCCGCAUCAACGGCGUCGCCCCGGGGCUGAUCCAGACCGCUUCAGCUCGGCCCUUUGGGAGGACGAGGCCUUGCGGGAGCAGGCGCUGAGAGAACUGGGAGUGGACAGGCUGGGCACCCCCCAGGAGGUGGCCCAGGCCGUGCUGUUCCUGGUGUCCCCCCAGGCCGCCUUCGUGGCCGGACAGACCCUGCUGGUGGCCGGGGGGGCGCGGCCUCGCCUCUGACCACGCCCACCGCGCCAAUAUGCAAAUCUAUGCUAAUUAGGUACGAAAUAAAAUUGGUUGUAUCAUC